GUUUCAUUAAUAAUGCCGCGACCAAGACGAUCGAAUCUUUCCCGACAAAGCAGUAAUGCAAGAAGACUGCAAAAUACUGUAAAUGCAAGAACUGAAGAACAAGAAAGAAUUGCACGUGAACAGCAACGCGAAAGAAUGGCUCGACUUCGUGCUCGAGGUAACAACAUAGAUCAACAAAUAGUUAACUUGCGAUGCAGAAGAAGAAAUUUGAAUCGAGAAGCAUUUCAAUACGAUUGCAGCUAUGAUUAUAGCUUGCAUCCUAGCGUCUGCAUUGGCAAAAUGGACGUAGAUUGCAAGUAUUGUGGUGCAUUGAAGUUUUCCCAAGAAACGCCUGGAUUAUGCUGCCUUAAUGGUAAAGUCAAAUUGCCAUCGUUGACUCCGCCACCUGAACCAUUGUAUUCAUUGCUUUGUGGCGAAACACAAGAAUCACGCCACUUUCUUGCUAAUACUCAAAAAUACAAUGGUUGUUUCCAAAUGACGUCAUUUGGAGCAGAUAUUAUCGAAGAACGAGGAUUUAAUCCGACAUUUAAGAUACAAGGACAAAUUCAUCAUCGAAUUGGAUCAUUACUACCUUUUGAAGAUACACAGAAUAAAUUUUUACAAAUAUAUUUCAUGGGCAACAGGGAAGAACAACUUGAUCGACGACUAGAGAUCAAUGCAGGAAUGAAGCGAGCAAUUCUUCAAGACUUACAGUGUCUGCUUCAUGAACAUCAUGCGUUGGUCUGGUUGUUUAAGAGUGCUUUAGAGCUCAUGCCAAGCGAUGACUAUAAAGUUGUCAUCAGAGCAGAUAAACGACCAUCUGGAACACACGAAAGGACAUUUAAUGCUCCAAUAGUAGACGAAGUUGCCAUCCUGAUUGUUGGUGAACAAUUGGAAAAACGCGAUAUUGUGCUUUCACGUCGCGACACUGGGCAACUGCAACAAUAUCUGAAACACAUCGAUCAUAUGACUCAUUGCAAUACCCGCUGA